CAGACAUCAUUGUUUCAGUGUUUGUUAUCACACUGCGUGCUAAAUCACUUUUUGCUUUCAGGCCAUGAAGCUGGUGUCCAAGAAGAAGUUGAUGAAGCAGUGCGGGUUUCCUCGUCGCCCACCCCCAAGAGGACCAAAGGCGGCCCAGGGGGAGCAGCCCAAACUCUUAGGACCCCUGGAAAGAGUCUACCAAGAGAUCGCCAUACUUAAAAAACUGGACCAUGUCAACAUCGUCAAGCUGGUGGAGGUGCUGGACGAUCCGUCGGAGGACAACCUUCACAUGGUGUUUGAGCUGAUGCGUAAGGGGUGAGUAGAGAACCCGUCCUUUUGUCUCUAAAUAAUUUAAGGCUCACCCACCUCCUCCUCCUCAUCUCUCCCCCCUCCAUCCCUGCUCGAUCACUGCUGCGCUCUUCUUUCAUUGCUCUGAGCCGUGCGGCCGUUUGUUCCACCUCCGGCUUCAAAGGGAUUCGUCGUUUUCUUGGGUUUUCAGUUCUUGGCGCUGAAAGCGUUUCACAUCCUCAUGCAUGAGCCGCUCCUUCCCACAGUGCUACAGACAUUAUGAUGCACAACCUGCUGCUGUUAUAACCAAAUUUUGAAGGGGACGGCUGGUAUCAUCCACAUGUAUGCGUAACUUACAUUAUCCUUUUCAUAUGAAGCUGUUUUAAAGAAUGGAUUUGCUCGCUUACUCUUAGUCGGCUGCUGUUAUUAGGGGUGAGGGAAAAAUGGAUACUGUGUAGCAUGGUGAUAUUUUGUUUGCUAAUAAUGUAUGGAUAC